UUCAAAAUGGAGAAAAGACAGGACACAAUUAAAAUCGAGGAGCUGAAGGGGAGCCUUGCCCACCUACAAAACCAUCUGGCUGAACCCCCAAUCCCGAAGCCCCCAGCAGGGCACUCUGACUUGGAGAAGAACCUAAAAACUGAAACCAAGUACCUGAGAGACGAGCUGCGGGAACAGGAGAGACUGCAGGAGGCGAAAAUGUGGCUCCAGGAGCAGGAGAAGAACGAGAACAGGAGCGCACUGCAUUUGGAGCAGGAAGGAAAGGAGCUGCAGGAGAAGCUUGGCGAACAGGAGACGGUGCCACUUCUGAACACUGCUGGAGCCGGUGCCCAGGAGGAGCAGGCACGGCUCUGUGAGCAGCUCCAGAAACAACAGAUGUGCUGCCAGCACCAGGCACACCCAGUGGCCUCGGCCCUGAGGGAGCCAGAGGCAGCGGCCGCAGCCACAGGGACUGGGAGCAACCGUGGGUGUGGGGAGACCCAGCGGGCCCUGCAGGGCGCCAUCGACAAGCUGCAGAAUGACUUCAUGGCCGUCGUGAAGGAAAAUGCGGACCUGAAGGAGCGGGUGGAAAAACUAGAACUCGGAUUCAUCCAGCUCUCUGGAGAGAGAGACAUGAUAAGAAAGUCCAUCAAACCAAAUGACCAUCAGACAGCAGUGGCCAAGACCCAGCACCAGAAGAACGAUGUUAGCAUGAUGUCCGAGGCCGAGGAGGGGAUGAAGGUGAAGCCGCUGGAGCUGCAGGGCCCAGUGAUGCAGCUUAUGAUCGGCCACGAGGUCCAGCACCCUGCUAAUGAUUCCACUCCAGGGGCCCCAGCCCCCCAGGAGCUUGGUGCUGCUGACAAGGAUGAAUUUUAUGAGAUGAGCCCGGACGACGACAGCGACAGCCUGGAGCCUGCAGUAGGGAGGGUACACCACACCCCACUGCACCGCAGAUGGCUCAAGGCUGUGUGAGCUGCGGGAUGGCCAGCAACACCGACCCUUGGGCAGCAGUCCCUCUAUGCCAUGCUUUUACCCCACUGCUGCGAAGGAGGAGGUAAACAUCACCAUCAGCUAAGAGCUGGCCAAGAAAUUUACGGAAGUAAAGGAACAAAGUUAUACAGUUAAUCUUCUACAUGUUACUUUAUUUCAAUGUUAGAGCCACUCAUGAUGAUUUGUGUUUCUAAUUUAUAGUUUAUUUGUAAAAAGUUAAAGGACAGUGGGUCUUCGUGUGGCUUUCACUGAUGUUCACUCUGGCAUCCUUUAGCAUUUUUCAUUUUUAAUUUGAUAAUUGUAGGUCAUUAGC